AUGGGGCUCAACAGCAGCAGCAGCGCAGAGGAUCCGGAAGUCAAGAAGCGAAUGGAGGAGAGAUUGAAGCCCCUAGUCAUGACAGUUGCACCUGCACGCACGGUGGAUAUCCUGAUCCCGUCUCUUGAUACGGAUGGAGGUCCCCAAAGGCAGAUCCUUGGCCCUUCCGGUACAGAUGGACUCAGCUCCCAAACGCUGGUGGUGGGAGGCAAUGACGAUGCUGCCGGCAAGACUAUCACCUCUACCGGUGACAGCGAGCAAUUUCCAAAUCUCCAGUGCCAGACACGCUUCGUCGGACCGACAGGAUGGGCAAUCAUAUCUGAUAUUGACGACACGAUCAAAGUCACCCAGACGACUAGUCCCACCGGGAUUCUGCAAUCCACGCUGGCAGACGUGCCCAAGAGCAUCCCUGAAAUGGAAGUAUUCUACAAGGUGCUUGCGGAAUCGUUCAAUUCUCCUGCUUGGUUCUAUGUCUCGGCAGCUCCUUACAACCUGUACCCAUUUCUGCACGAGUUCCUCAACCAGCAUUAUCCACCGGGAACUUUGUUGCUUCGCGAUGCUCGUUGGGCGCACCUUGGUGGGUUGCUACAAUCCUUCACGGCCGGGGUUCAAGAUUACAAGACUGGUCAGAUUGAGAAAAUCCAAUCCUGGCUUCCUAAACGGCAAGUCAUCUGCAUUGGCAAUUCUACCCAGUCAGAUCCAGAGACAUACGCCCAGCUCUAUGCCAAAUACCCUGGCUGGGUCAAGGCCAUUUAUAUCAGGAAGGUGACAGAUGCUCCACAUAUGGAGGAGAAGAACAAGAACCAGAGAUUUGUUGAGGCAUUCAAGGAUGUCCCCGAUCAUGUUUGGCGGGUGUUUGGCCGGCCGGAAGAGCUCUCUGAUCACGUCAAACAUCUCGCUGGACUGGCACACCCGGGGUUGAUUGGCAACCUGCUGGCUCGCUGGUGCCAGGGAGAACACGGCACCAAAGCAACGCCUCCAAAGCCGCCUCAGAACACGAAAAACGCCGAAGCUGAAAUGCAGCAGGUUCUUAACGCAGCACUGAGUGAGGUUAAAGCGAUCCCCAGAGUAUAG